AAAUAAAACAUUUAUUCUCUUUUAGGCCGCAGAUUAGUUUCAAAAGUGAUCUGAGCCUUAUAAAGAGUUUAUAGCAGUUAGUCUUUUUGUGUAAACUAGAGUAAUAUUGUAUUUAAUUGUAUAGAAUACAUACAUGAACAGUAUCUGUGGCUGUCACCUUAUAAUUGAGCCCAGUUCAUGACUGACUGACGGCCUCUUGCGAAACAGUCUGCUGGGCGGAGUUUAUGCUAAACAGGCUAUUGUGCGAAAUUUAUGCUAAACAGGCUAUUGUGCGAAGUUGUUGCCUCACAACCCACAAAUGGACUUCCCUCUUGUGAUCAUAAGCACAAGCCGCUCACGCUUGAUUAUCAGAUCAGUGAAAGUCAGCCGCUGCGAUCAAGCUCAAAGUUUCUGAGGAGGGGACCAGCUCAUUUCUCUCUCAGCUGACAUGCGACUCGCGGUUUUCUUCUGUUUCAUGAUCUUCACUCUGCUCUCUGCAUCUGGAGAUGUGGUACAAGUGAAACCUGGAGAUAAUGUCACUCUGUCAUGUCAGGCUGGAGAUGUCUUCAUCAGAGCUGUAGAGUGGACCAGACCAGACCUGGAGCCAGACUACGUCGUCUUUCACAGAGAUGGACUCUCAGAUCCAACCCACCAGCAUCCAUCCUUUAAGGACCGGGUGCAGCUGGUGGACAGAGAGCUGAAGGACGGAGACGUGUCUUUACUUCUGAAGAAUGUGAGCAGCAACGACGCUGGAACAUACGAGUGUCGAGUUGCAGCAGGAGGAUCAAGACGUAAGAGAGCCAUUAUUGAGAGUGAGCCAAUCAGAAUCAUCCAGCUGGAGGUUUCAGGGUCCAACAGCGGAGACGUCGAGGAGGGAAACCAAAUCAACAGAAACCCCACAGAGAGAAACUACGCUCGUAAUUAUGUUGGACUGGGAGCAGCCUUAUUUCUGGUUUGCUUAGCUGCUGUUGGAUUGGUUGUUUUCUGGAAAUAUAAAAAACAUACAGACAGGAAAUCAGAACAGUCUGCUGCUGAUGAACAGAUCAGCUUGUCACAGACUCCUCCCACCUGACCACAUGUAUCAUGUGUUCAACAUGAUUUCCAGUCUUUCUGUGGGGGUGAAUAGGAUUGGGUAUCUGUUGUUGUGAAUUAUUUUGGAGCAUAAUAGCCUAAAUUGUUAUCAUUAAUUACUAGAGCAAUGGUGGUGUGUGAAAACUCUACAAAUCUGAGUGUAUGUGCUCCUUUCUGUAUCUAACUGCCCAGGCACACGUGUGUGUGUGAGCAAGUUCGUGUGCUUUGGGAGAAAAGGGAGGGAGCACAGUGAGAUAUCAUCAAAAAUACCUGCAAAGUAAAA